AAAGACAACUGACAAUCAGUGAAAUACGCAUCAAAGAUAAUUAAUGAUUAAAUGAACUUACCUGUAAGUGAAGUUCUAUCAUUAUUAACUAUUUGACUGUUGUUACAAUAAUAUGAGCCGUGAUAGCCCAGUGGAUAUGACCUCUGCCUCCGAUUCCAGAGGGUGUGGGUUCGAAUCCGGUCCGGGGCAUGCACCUCCAACUUUUCAGUUAUGUGCAUUUUAAGAAAUUAAAUAUCACGUGUCUCUAACGGUAAAGGAGAACAUCGCGAGGAAACCUGCACACCAGAAAAUUUCUUAAUUCUCUGCGUGUGUGAAGUCUGCCAAUCCGCAUUGGGCCAGCGUGGUGGGCUAUUGGCCUAAACCCUCUCAUUCUGAGAGGAGACUCGAGCUCAGCAGUGAGCCGUAUAUGGGUUGAUAACGACGACGACAAUAAAAUAUGAAAUUAAUUGAAUUACAUUCUACUUUUUAAAAUCAGAUCAGUGGUUUCGAAGAUUACCUUACAAAAGAUUGUUACAAACUUUACCUCUUUAUAAUAUUAGUAUAGAUGUACUUGGAAAUAAGAUUCACUUUGGCACAAUCGCCACUCCAAACGUAAAAAAACAGUUUAUUUUAGUUUUUGUGAUAUAUUCAAUAAUAGCUCAUAACCUCAUAUUAAUAGAGUACUGUAUUUAUUAGUCCGUUAAGAAAACGAAACGUAUUCCUUAAUAUUCUGUAUUAUGAAUCAAUGAAAUUAUAAAUCUAUGCACUUACAAAUAAGAUUCACUUUUGCUUAACCGCCACUCCCGUUUUUAGGAUGCAUUCAAUAAUAGUUCAUAAUUAAAUGAUGUUAAAGCUGUGGUUAGAGCAUAUAUUUAUUUGCCUAUUUAAAAAACGAACGAACGACGAUAGCAGCCACAGAUUCAUGAGGCAUGAGUGCACGUUUCGUUUUUCUAAACACCUAAUGUUAGUUAUCUGAGAUACACUUCGUUCAUAUUUCACAGACAAACUGAUUUCUGUGUUCGUUUAAAAACGCUCAGCUCUAGUAAAUGUCAUUCUGUCAAUUAGCGUCGAACCGUCGGUUUCAAGUUUCAACAACAAUUGAUGGAAUUAUAUCCAUAGAUGAUACAUUAUAUAUAUUAUAUCAACUAUUCGCUAAAACGCGUAAAAUGGUGGGGACUAUAAUUAAAAACUUGAGCGGGCGGAAACUCACUGUGUUAGUGACAUUUCUUUUGUUGUGCCAAGUAGUAUGUUUCCUAAUCGGUGGUUUGGUCGCACCCGCGCCUGUAAACGCACAAAGUAUUCUCGGAACCGUAUGUAAAGAUACAUCUAUUAUGAAAAAUGACACAACGAAGUGGUAUUACUAUCACGGCGCGGGUAAAUGUGAGAAGAUUGACCUUAACAGCAUUCAUCAUGAGGUCUCGGAGCGCGACAUCGUCUAUGCAUUUCAAAUGCUGGUGCCUCGAGAGUCGUUUACUUACGAAUAUUCAAGAUGGCAACAGAAUUUGAUAGGCGUUUUACAAGUUGACAUACUCUACCACCCCCAAAUGGAAGCGACACCGCGGAGGUCGAUCAAGAUAGACGCGCGGUUGGCCUACCGAAACAAAGGCGACCCGGACGACGCUUGGAAACUGUACACACAGUCGAGGGAAAAGAGAGUUCUAUACUGUGACAUUGAUAAUAAAUUUGCAAAUUACUUGUACACCUGCUCAGCUGUGCCCCUGUUUGAACUUGGUUCACUUUACCAUGACUAUUACUUACUAAACAUACGGUUACCAGUCGAUAAGCCUAACAUGAAUGUCCAUAUUGGUCAUAUACAAAAUCUGUGGGUAACCGUUAUCAACCAAAACAGUGGCUUUACCAAAGUGUGGCUUUCACUAAAAACUGUAUUCUUUCCAUGUAUCAUUGCAAUACUCGUCUGGUUCUGGCUUCGGAUUCAUAUUUUGGAAAGGAAGCCUGUCCUACUGGAAAAGAUGUUGCUAAGUUUAGGCAUAGCAUUGUGCUUUUUGAAUGCACCAAUAGAAUAUUUGACUUUACAAUAUGACCUGCCAUUCAUACUGCUGUUGGGGGAUAUUAUACAAGGAAUAUUUUAUGCAAUGCUGUUCUCGUUCUGGCUUGUAUUUGCCGGGGAACAUAUGCUGAUCCAAGAUACAUCGGCUCAGAGCUCUCUUAAACAAUAUUGCCGUCAUUUGAGUGCUGUUGCUAUGGGAUGCAUUUCUCUUUUCAUAUUUGACAUAUGUGCCAGGGGAGUUCAGUUGCGGAACCCGUUCUACUCUAUCUGGGUUACAGAUUUAGGCACAAACUUAGCGCUGAAAUUCAUCAUACUGGCUGGCAUCUCAACUGGAGUAUAUUUUUUGUUCUUGUGUUACAUGGUCUGGCAAGCAUUCCUAAAUAUAUCUCAGAGACGCCAGAGUUUACCUUCAAUGAGCAUUUACAGAUUUAUGUUUAUGAUGUUGGCUACAUUGCUUUGCGCUGCCUUGACUGUUAUUGGUUUUAUUUUGGGACAAGUGGCUGAAGGACAGUGGAAGUGGGAUGAAUAUAUACAACUUGAAUAUACUUCAGCAUUCUUCACAGGUGUAUAUGGAAUGUGGAAUAUAUACAUAUUUUCCCUGCUGAUACUAUAUGCGCCGAGUCACAAGCUGUGGCCGGCCAGUGAAAAAUCUUCAGUUAUCCAGAAUACAUAAAUCAAUAAGAUAAUAUGCAUUUGCAAAGCGGGAUCGGUGUGAAAAUAAUCAGCUCAUUUUCCCUGUUGGCGAAUAUUAUUUCGGCUAAGAUUCUAAUGGGAUUCAAUUACAAGUUAGUAAAAUAGGUACACAAGAUUUAGAGUACAUUUUCAUUUCUGUAGUGUUCUGAAAAGAUUCAUAUUAUUAACAUGAAACAUUUAUCUAUUCAUUUAUUUCUACUCUGUAGAUAAUUGGUUACAAAAAAAAAAUUAAAUGUUAAUUUAAUAUUUUUAGGACUUCCCUGGCUUUCCCCAGUUUUCCCCGCUUGGGCCGAUUGAGGUUUUCUUAAUUGUUUCAGAACUGUGAUCGUGGGUGGUUUCGGCCGUGAUUAGUAACCACCCUACCGGCAAAGGCGUAGAAAUAAAAAUUGAAUAGGAAUAUAUUAGUAUUAUACUUAAUAUUUUGAUUGCGAAAUAUGCAACGAUUUUUUCCGAUUAUCGCAAAAAACUACAGAGUAUAGUAUAAUUAUUUCAUUGUGUAGUAAUGGACGAUUUCCCUUAAGUUAAUAUUAUAAUAACAUUAAAUUAUACAUAACAUUUAUUAUCGUAGAUACAUAGAUUAACAUACGUUCGCUGUAAAGUUUCGUACAUCUAUAUUGUAAAACAACGUUGCCCAACGCAAACGUUCGUUGGUAAAGCUUAUAAAAUCGUAAUGUAUAACAAUUUCAUAACUCCGUUCACGAGCCGUCGGCGAGUGCUCGUGCGUGUAAAUCUCUUACAUUAUACACAUCAUUACGGAGAAUAGGAUACGCCUGCGCUUUGAACACAUGAAAUGCAUAAUUAAACUAUAUCUAGGUAUAAAAUCUUGGUGUAGGUGCUUGAAAAUUGUUUGUAAGAGUUUUCUUCCGGGUUGAUAAAUGAAUACUAUGAUGAGAUCAAAAUAAACUAUUAAAGAAAAUGUGUGAUAAGAGAUGUGUGAAAGUAAAUUAUAUUAUUUGUAUAAUCAGACAAACGUGGUCAAGUGGGAUUCGGAUUUUAGUGAAGUUUAUAAAAUGAAAUGUUGAGUAAAACAGGGAGGACUGUCGUCACCUAGGCUCUUCAAUAUUUAUUUGAAUCAGUUGAUCGAGAAGCUCGAUAAGGCCAGUGUUGGAUGCUCGAUUGAUGGUGUUGCAAUUAAUAACAUUAGUUAUUCAGAUGAUAUGGUUUUUUGCUUAGCACCUCGGUUUGUGGUCUUAGAAAGCUUCUAAGAAUUUGUGAGGAAUAUGGUGGGGUAAAUGGACUCAGAUAUAACGCAAAAAAGAGUGAGUUCCUUGUUUUCAGAGGUAGUAUAAAACAAAACCAAGACUUUAAACCAAAUAUAAUGAGUAGUUCUCCCCUGAGACAAGAGACUGAGUUUAAAUACCUCGGUCAUAUAGUAACGGAUCGCCUCAGUGACGAUGGUAUCGAGCGGGAGCGUAGGGCGCUGUCGAUUCGAGGUAAUAUGUUGGCACGCAGAUUCUACAGGUGAAGGGUAGAAGUAAAGCUCACACUGUUUAGAGCUUAUUGCCAAUCCUUCUACACCUGUAGACUGUGGACCGAUACCGAAUAUACGCAGCGGGCCUACGACUUCCUACGGGUCCAGUACUAUAAUGAGCUGAGAGCGGUGCUGGGUGGCAUUACUGAUCUCCAGAGUUGUGACUCCAACGCCCUCCUCAGCACCUACGCGGGCGUACAGAUUAGCUCUCUGGAGAGCUUGGAAUGAUGUGCACACCUGCAGUCGAAGGCCACAUUUAUACAGUUUAAUAUUUAACUAACCCAUUGCUAACACUUUUUCAUGUACUACUAACACAUACGUAUUAAGAACUUUUUACUAUGUUUUUUUUUUCAAAUAAAUGAUAAUUAUUAUUGUUUAUUUUAUAUCGCUCUAUUUAAACCUACCCUUCGCUAAAGACUCCCGGUCUUAUUUAUAAACAUGGAUUAGAGGUUUUAAACGUCAAAUUCCUUCAAAGCAAAGCCAACUUUACACAA